UUUUUCCAUUUUCAUUCUCAUUAUUUUCAAAAACAAUCUGUAAUUCUGUGAUACUUUGCUUUACUAGUUAAAAAAUCAAAGUUUUGGAAAUGGCCGGAAAAGGUGAAGGACCAGCGAUCGGAAUUGAUCUCGGAACGACGUAUUCGUGUGUAGGUGUAUGGCAGCAUGAUCGAGUUGAGAUUAUUGCUAAUGAUCAAGGGAACAGGACUACGCCGUCGUAUGUGGCGUUUACUGAUACGGAGCGGUUGAUUGGAGAUGCUGCUAAGAAUCAAGUUGCUAUGAACCCUACCAACACUGUUUUCGACGCGAAGCGAUUAAUUGGUAGGAGAUUCAGUGACCCAUCAGUGCAGAGUGACAUGAAGCUUUGGCCUUUCAGGGUCAUCCCGGGACCUGCUGACAAGCCUAUGAUUGUUGUCAAUUACAAAGGUGAAGAGAAACAGUUCUCUGCUGAAGAAAUCUCCUCUAUGGUUCUUAUUAAGAUGAAGGAGAUUGCUGAGGCUUUUCUAGGAACAACAAUAAAGAAUGCUGUUGUCACUGUGCCUGCGUAUUUCAAUGACUCUCAACGUCAGGCUACUAAGGAUGCUGGAACUAUUUCUGGGCUCAAUGUUAUGCGUAUUAUCAACGAGCCUACUGCUGCUGCAAUUGCAUAUGGACUUGAUAAAAAAUCAAGUAGCACAGGGGAGAAAACUGUGCUUAUUUUUGACUUGGGUGGUGGUACGUUUGAUGUCUCACUACUUACUAUUGAGGAAGGUAUUUUUGAAGUGAAAGCUACUGCUGGUGAUACUCAUCUUGGUGGAGAAGAUUUUGACAACAGGAUGGUUAAUCACUUUGUUCAAGAAUUCAAGAGGAAGCACAAGAAGGACAUCAGUGGGAAUCCCAGAGCUCUUAGGAGAUUAAGAACUGCAUGUGAAAGAGCUAAGAGAACACUCUCAUCCACUGCUCAGACGACUAUUGAAAUUGAUUCUCUUUAUGAGGGAAUUGAUUUCUACACAACGAUCACCCGUGCUCGUUUUGAGGAGCUCAACAUGGAUCUUUUCAGAAAAUGUAUGGAGCCUGUUGAGAAGUGUUUGAGGGAUGCUAAAAUUGACAAGAGUGGUGUUCAUGAUAUUGUUCUUGUUGGUGGCUCAACUAGAAUUCCAAAGGUGCAACAGUUGUUGCAGGACUUCUUUAACGGGAGGGAACUCUGUAAGAGCAUCAACCCAGAUGAGGCUGUUGCUUAUGGAGCUGCUGUGCAAGCUGCAAUCUUGAGUGGUGAAGGGAAUGAGAAAGUUCAGGACCUUCUGCUGUUGGAUGUUACACCUCUUUCCCUUGGUCUGGAGACUGCUGGAGGUGUUAUGACCACCUUGAUUCCAAGGAACACCACGAUUCCGACUAAGAAAGAGCAGGUGUUUUCGACCUAUUCCGACAAUCAACCUGGUGUGUUGAUUCAAGUUUAUGAAGGUGAAAGAGCCAGGACCAGAGAUAACAACUUGCUAGGUAAGUUUGAGCUCACUGGCAUUCCUCCAGCACCAAGAGGAGUCCCCCAAAUCACUGUAUGCUUCGAUAUUGAUGCAAAUGGUAUUCUAAAUGUCUCUGCUGAGGAUAAAACAACUGGUCAGAAAAACAAGAUCACCAUCACCAAUGACAAAGGAAGACUGUCUAAAGAUGAGAUUGAGAAAAUGGUUCAAGAAGCUGAGAGGUACAAAGCUGAAGAUGAAGAGCACAAGAAGAAAGUGGAAGCCAAGAAUGCUUUGGAAAAUUAUGCCUACAACAUGAGGAACACCAUCAAGGAUGACAAGAUCGCUUCAAAGCUUUCUCCUGACGAGAAGAAGAAGAUUGAAGAUUCAGUUGAGCAGGCUAUUCAGUGGCUUGAUGGUAAUCAACUCGCGGAGGCUGACGAAUUUGAGGACAAGAUGAAGGAGCUUGAAAGCAUAUGCAACCCCAUUAUCGCGAAGAUGUACCAGGGCGGGGCUGGUGGUCCUGACAUGGCUGGUGGUAUGGAUGAAGAUGGCCCUUCAGCCGGUGCUAGCGGUGCUGGUGCAGGCCCUAAGAUUGAGGAAGUGGACUAAGCUCCACAUUACCUAGUGUAUGGUGAAAUCUAGUUCUGAAGUAGUAAAAAUAAGAUGUAGUAUAGUUGUAGUUAUAUGAACUUGUUUUGUGUAUGUAGAAAUAUCCUUCGAAUUCACCCAGUCUAAUGUUUUUCAGUCUAAUGUUUUUGAGUUCUAUGCAACUUAUCUUCUUAUGUA